AUGGUGUCGGUUAAGAGGCUGCUGCUUCUCGUGCUUUGCGGCUACCAUUCUCUCCCUGCUCGUGCAGGGGAUUAUAAGGUUCUCGCCACCGGCUCACAGAAGGCUGAGGCCAUCUGCGGCGAGCCACUCGUGACUCCAUCGUCGUCCAGUGGAGCCACGGUGCAGCUAAGCCACCGGUAUGGCCCGUGCUCACCGGUGGCAUCCACCGACGGGCCAAGCAUCGGGGAGCUGCUCCGGCGAGACCAGCUCCGAGCUGAAUACAUCGAACGGAAGUUCAGCAGCGGCAACGAUGAGCUGGAGCAAUCGGCGGCGGUUACCGUGCCGACCAACCUUGGGGAAGCACUGGACACGCUGGAGUACGUGAUCACCGUCGGCAUCGGCUCCCCGGCCGUGAAGCAGACCAUGAUCAUCGACACCGGCAGCGACGUGUCAUGGGUGCAGUGCAAACCUUGCCCGGUCCCGCCGUGCCACGCCCCGAACGGCUCGCUGUUCGACCCCGCCAAGUCCACCACCUACGUGCCGUUCUCCUGCAGAUCCGCGCCGUGCGCGCAGCUUGGCGGGGAUGGCAACGGCUGCUCGAGAUCGCAGUGCCAGUACAUCGUCAGGUACGGCGACGGCUCCAACACCACGGGGACUUUCGGCUCCGACACGCUGGCGCUGGCCGCCACCAGCACGGUCAGCAAGUUCCAGUUCGGGUGCAGCCACAACGAGGACGGGUUCGAUGACCAGACCGACGGGCUCAUGGGGCUGGGCGGUGACGUGGAGUCUCUGGUGUCGCAGACGGCGGCGACCUACGGCAAGGCCUUCUCGUACUGCCUCCCGGCGACCACGAGCACGACGGGGUUCCUCACACUAGGCGCGCCCAACAGCACGUCGGGCUUCGUGACGACGCCGAUGCUCCGGAGCAAGACGGCGCCAACGUUCUACCGCCUUCUCCUCGAAGACAUCCGCGUGGACGGGAGCCCGCUCGGGAUCUCGCCCACCGUCUUCGCCGCUCGUGUACAUAUAAUUUUUCCAAACUCUACUGCCUAA